AUGGACGACUUGCUUCCAUCGUAUGAAAGUGCUAUACAACGGAACCCGUGGGCACUUAUUUCACGAUACCUGCCCUCCGCUGACCUUUGCUCUGCGGCUCUAGUAUGUCGAGAGUGGCACAAAACUUUCACACCGAACCUCUGGGGUAGUCCUGCCUCUCAUUUCGGGGUGCAAAAUGAUACCGUCUAUGUUGCAUUAACGCGAUUCAAGCGUACCCUGCCGUACGUGCGCCCAUUCGUACGAGAGCUCACACAUACCCUACAUUUCCCACCAGCGCAUGCAGAGAUUUAUGGUGGACCCCAUGCAGAAUGGCUUCGCGACUGUCUCGAAUACCUUCCGCGACUCCAGUGCCUCAUCGUUGAUGGACUUCCGUUCUUCGAUCAUGCAUCUUUGUUAAACCUACGGCAUGCAAGCUUACGGUGGAGAGCAAGUCACUCACAUGCCUUUCCAGUAUUCGGCCUACGUUUGCUAGAUGCUUCAGGCUGCACGAAUGCAACAUCAACUGGACUCGCGGAAGCUUUACCUCAUUUCCCAGAUCUCGUCUCUCUAGACCUCUCGCGAACACCAGCCGCAAAAGACGAAAUGGUCUUGAUCAAUCUAAAAUAUCUCCGUAAUUUACGUGUGCUGAGCCUCAAAAGCCUUAGCCUCAAAGAUUCAGAUGUGGCCAUAAUUGUGCGCUCCAUAGGAACACGGGUUAGGAGUCUUGACGUGGGUAAUAAUCACUUGACAGAUGGCAGCGCUCGCCUACUUCUUGAAUAUUGCAUGAAAGAGAUGACCGUUGAAGCGCACGUCACUCGUGGCCCGCUACCACCAGUGGAGCAUGCCCGAAUAGGUGGCAGCAUCGACGCUUUCGAGACGGAAAAUAUCGUUAGCCACCUCCGCAAAAAGCUUACCGAAGGAUUUGUUGGCAGCCUUGCGAUUGAAGAGGCGAGAGAUGCUGGAAUAACACACCUCUACCUGUCAAGCAACGCCGUAACCGUCGAAGGUAUCUCCGGUUUGUUGCGAUCGACGCGUCUCCAGGUUUUAGACAUUGGUAUUUUGCCGGGCCUCUUGAGAAAUCCGGUUCACACUUCUUCUGGGGAGCUAGAUAGCGACUUGCAACUUCCAGGAGUAGCGAAACUUACCUCAAUAUUGUCUGAGUUUGCGUCUGCGAAGCUAAAGUAUCUGAGGGUUAAUUACGAGGUCAUCACCGAAGAUGCUCCUCAGGAAGCAGUUCCUUCGCCACGUGCAGAACUGAGCGGGGAUCUCGGCGUUUACGCCCCUUCCAAUGCUCACGAACUUGAAGCUGUCGAGACGCCAACACCUGAGCUUGAUUCUACAGAUACAGCUAUAACUGAGCUUGCUGGAGACUCAUUAUAUGCAACUGAACUACCUGGCUCCUCGCCUUAUAAUUUGCCUAGUACUCAGGGCGCCAAUUCUCCAAAUAAAGCCACAACACGUACCCCUACUAUCGAAGUUACCUCGGAACCGCAGCUUGUCAAACGCGGUGCUGCAUAUGCUCCGGAGCCUGUGCUUGUGGAUUCGUCGUUGCCACCAGUCACUUCUUCCUCUUACAACAACGAGAGCGAAAGGUCUUUGUCAGCAAGCAACUCGUUCGAUGUCCACCAAUGUCUCUCACCAAUCCUAUCAUCGUCCGACGUUGAUGUAGUCAAUCCAUCAAUAUCAUCUCCGAGAACAAGAUCGCGGAACAAUUCUACUCACUACGUCGAAGACCGCCGAGCUCGACUUGACCUUCGCCAGUCGCAAGAAAACCGUCUGCAUCCGGGCAUGCUACCUAAAGUUCACACACUCGUGCUUACUGAUGUGCCUAUAUUAACAACCAAUGGGGAAAUUAUCAACCGUCUCAUUCAAUACAUAAAAGAUGCUGCCGAGGAGGCAUCAAUAGCAAGGCAGCGGGCAGGACACACAUAUAUACUUCCACCCGGGCGCAGCAGGGCAAUCGCUGAGCGAGAAUACGCACGCAGCCUGUUCGCGCUCCAACGAAUAGUACUUGAGCUGGUGCCUCCGCAAGCAGCACCUAAGAAAAUCUCAACCAGCUGGCGAGCAUAUCCUACAAAGUCAUCUACCGAAGACGCCGACUCUGAAGCCUUUUGGGAAGCCGCAACACACGACUUUUCCUUUUUCGGUGACGAAGAGUGCGGACUUCCUACUCUUGAGCCAGGACGUACUUUGCCCUUGACAGCUAUGAGCGGCCUUGAGCUUGCUCCGCAUCAUUCUAUGCCACCCCGCAAGCCAAGAGUCCCAGAGUCUAGCUAUAGGCCUCUUCUUGACGUAGUCGGUGAGAUUGCAAAAUUCCGCAAGGAAAGGAAGGCAGCUUUUGAGAAUCUAGUCCGGAUGGGAGGAGAGGUUGAGCCGGAUGUGGAAGGGUACUGGCCUGGCGAUAUCACAGUUGUGAGGAAGCCGGCAAAUCCAGACGCUGGGGAGUUGGAUUGCUACGGCAAUAGGUAUGAGUCGGGCUGGUAUUAUCGAUGA